UAAGGAAGUGUAAUUUAUAUUAAGUUGUAAAAUUUGUGGUUUUCAUGGUGCUGUGAAUAUUGGUGGUCUUCUGGGUUGUUGCACUGUGUGCUACACAGUCAAAGAACUACACAGUGUGACAACAUAGAAUAUUGGUAUAUUGUACAUGUGGGCGAAUGCCGGCAGAAGAAGCGAAGAAUAUUACUCAUAUAAAGUAUUUAUAAAGUGUUGACAAUAUAGCGCCGAUUGCGAUCACAAUGGAUGAAGAUUUUUUUUCUGCACUUACAGAAUUAUUAGAAAAGACUACUUUACCAGAUAAUCCUGAAUUGGAGGCAGCCCAAACUUAUUUGGAACAAGCGGCACAAACUAACUUGCCAGAAUUUGUGAAGACCUUGUCUGAAAUUCUUGAGUGUAGUUGGAUUAGUCCAGUGGUAAGGAUGGCAGCAGGACUCCAGCUCAAGAAUACGCUUACAUCUAAAGAUCCUGAUGUUAAAAAACAAUACCAGCAAUGCUGGCUUGCCUUUCCAGAGGAAACCAGAGCUUACGUGAAGAAAAAUAUCCUAGCUUCUCUUGGUACCGAGAAUAACAGACCAAGUUCAGCGGCGCAAUGUGUAGCGUAUGUAGCGGUAGCAGAGCUUCCUGUUGGCCAGUGCAUAGGUGUAAUGGUGAACAAUGUCAUCGACUCAACAAGUACAGAGAUGAAGGAAGCUACGCAUCAAGCAAUGGGCUACAUCUGUGAGGAUAUUGUAAGUUGCAUCUAUUGAGUAUGCCAGUUUAUGUAUACCCUUCACUGUGUUAGUAUGUACUAAUUUCACCAAACCAGACCAUUCCUUUAUUAUAUGAGAUAUUUCAUGCAAUAAGAAAAUAUUUCUGAAGAAUUUCGAUAUUCGAUUAGUGCUUUAUCCUUUUGUUUCUGAGCUUUGUGUAGCAUACUUCAAAACACUUUCUGGGAGAGCAGUCGCAAAAUAUUAAUAUGGUAGAAGCAAUUGUUGAUGCGUUUUGUACGUUACAAUGAGUCUGUAUCCUUGUGGAAGUUUGUAAGAUGGAAGCGUGCUUGGUUUUAAUGGCAUCACUGGCUGCUUGUGGGAAUAUUUGUACAAAUGUUUCCAAACCCUUACCAAAAGAUGGUAGAUACUGU